GCAUCAGGACCAGAAAGAUCCCUCUAGGAGCCUGCGAUGCGAGAAGAUGGUGCAUGUAAACACUCCGACGGAGAUGAGUGUGUCGUUUAUCGAGCAGUAGUCGCCACUUGCAUCUAUGAAACCGAAGUUUGAAGUCAUUUCGUGCGAAAAAAGGUAAUAUUUCAAGCCGGGAGAAGCGCGCAGCAAGGAUGCGACGAUAAUAACAACACUAGAAAUAGGUUUAGUCUCAUGACGACGCUUUAAAGCCUCUGCUGCGACACACAAUAACAACAACCAAAAAGGACUCCUCUCAUGUCGCCACAUAUGACAGGCUUUCUUAUAUAAUGGUCGCUGGUUUCUAGUGGGAUGCACAUCAGUGUUUGGCCGUACUCGCUCUCCGUCGUAAUGGCAGCUCUGUACCAGGGCACGGACGCUUCCUCUCCGGAUAAAUUUCUGGCCUUGAAAGAUGUGAGAGAGGUGAAAGAGGAAACAACGCUGGACGAGAAGCUCUUCUUGCUGGCAUGCGAGAAAGGUGACUACUACAUGGUGAAGAAACUGCUUGAGGAGAACCGACAUGGCGAGCUCAACCUCAACUGCGUGGACGUGCUGGGCCGGGAUGCCGUCACCAUCACCAUCGAGAAUGAGAAUCUAGACAUCCUGCAGCUUCUUCUGGAGCAUGGCUGCCAGGCGACAGAUGCCUUGUUGGUGGCCAUAGACUCUGAAGUGGUGGGAGCUGUGGACAUCCUCCUCAACCACAGGCCGAGGCGAUCUUCCAAGCCCUCCAUUGCUAAACUGAUGCAGCGGAUUCAGAACCCAGAGUAUUCCACCACCAUGGACGUGGCUCCAGUUAUCCUUGCAGCCCACAGGAACAACUACGAGAUCCUGACUAUGCUGCUGAAACAGGACAUCUCACUUCCCCGGCCCCAUGCUGUAGGCUGCGAGUGCACGCUCUGCAAUGCUAAAAACAAGAAGGACAGCUUACGACACUCCAGGUUCCGCCUGGACAUCUACCGCUGCCUGGCCAGCCCCUCUCUGAUCAUGCUGACUGAAGAAGAUCCCAUCCUCAGGGCCUUUGAGCUGAGUGCAGACCUCAAGGAGCUAAGCCUUGUUGAAGUGGAGUUCAGGAAUGAUUAUGAGGAGCUGGCAAAGCAGUGUAAGAUGUUUGCCAAGGACCUGCUGGCUCAGGCUCGAAAUUCUCGAGAGCUAGAAGUGAUUCUUAACCACACAUCCAGCGAGGAUCAUGUUGACAAGAGAGGCUUACUGGAGGAGCGAAUGAACCUCAGUCGACUCAAGCUUGCCAUCAAGUACAACCAAAAAGAGUUUGUGGCUCAGUCCAACUGUCAGCAGUUCCUCAACACCGUCUGGUUCGGAGAGACGGCCAGCUACCGGCGCAAACACACCUGUCUAAAGAUGGCCACGGUGCUGAGCGUGGCAAUGCUUUGGCCGCUGCUCUCCGUCUGCUACCUUCUAGUGCCACGCUCUCGUGUGGGCCAGAUCAUCCACACACCCUUUGUCAAAUUCAUCAUCCAUAGCGCCUCCUACUUCACCUUCCUGCUGCUGCUCAACCUGUACUCUCUGGUCUACAACGAGGGCAAGAAAAACACCAUGGGCCCUGCACUGGAGAUGAUAGAUUACCUGCUCAUCCUCUGGAUCAUAGGGAUGGUGUGGUCGGAUGUGAAGCGUCUGUGGUACGAAGGGCUGGAAGACUUUCUGGAAGAGUCUCGGAACCAGCUGAGCUUCGUGAUGAAUUCCCUUUAUCUAGCCACCUUUGCCCUCAAGAUAGUUGCUCAUAGCAAGUUCAAGAAUGUGGAGGACACAGAGAGGAAGAACUGGGAUGCCUUCCACCCCAUCCUGGUGGCUGAAGGCCUGUUUGCCUUUGCCAACGUUCUAAGUUACCUGCGACUCUUCUUCAUGUACACCACCAGCUCCAUACUGGGGCCGCUCCAGAUCUCCAUGGGUCAGAUGCUGCAGGAGUUCGGAAAGUUUUUGGGCCUCUUCCUGUUGGUGUUAUUCUCCUUCACCAUUGGACUCACCCAGCUUUAUGGAAAGGACCACAAAGACCCGGACAAGAAUCAAACGAAGGACUGCGAGGGCAUAUUCUGCCAGCAACAGAGCAAUGAUGCAUUCCACACGUUUAUGGGGACCUGCUACGCUCUGUUCUGGUACAUCUUCUCCCUGGCACACGUUGCGCUCUUCGUCAGCCGUAUCAGCUACACAGAGGAGCUGCGUUCUUUUGUGGGCGCCAUGAUCAUAGGCACCUACAACAUUGUGGUGGUUAUUGUGCUGACCAAGCUGCUGGUGGCCAUGCUCCAUAAAAGCUUCAGACAAAUUGCUAAUCACGAGGAUAAGGAGUGGAAGUUUGCUCGGGCCAAACUCUGGCUAAGCUUCUUUGAUGACAAGUGCACCAUGCCUCCACCGUUCAAUAUCCUCCCCUCCCCAAAGACUGUCUGCUACCUGGUGACCAGCAUGAGAAAGUGGAUUUGUUCACACACAUCAAAGGGAAAGGUGAAAAGACAAAACAGCCUCAAGGAGUGGAAGAACCUGAAGCAGAAGCGUGAUGAGAAUUAUCAAAAGAUCAUGUGUUGUCUGGUUCACCGCUACUUGACCUCUACGCGGCAGAAGAUGCAGAGCACAGACCAGGCCACGGUGGAGAAUCUAAAUGACCUGCGCCAAGACCUCUCCAAGUUUCGCAAUGAGAUGAGGGACCUGCUGGGCUUCCGGACCUCCAAAUAUGCCAUGUUUUACCCAAGGAGCUAAAAAAAAAGACUAGAUAUAUCUUCUCUUUACUCCUCUCCUCUUGACAAAACCUCUGCUUCUCGUUUAUCUGGGAUGCUGUGUGACCCGAGCAUGUGCAAAAACUCUGCUCUUUUUGAGUCACAGAGGCAACUUUUAAACCUGGACCUUAACUAGAAAAGUAUUUAUUCUCCACCAAAGCCUCCAGACUCAGGCCCCCAUAUGUAUUAUUCAGCUAUUCAACCUUUUUGUAAAUAAAGAAAGCCAUUGUUUUCAAGUAAAAGAUGAAUAAAGAUUUAUGGAAAAAUUUGACCCUUUGGGGCUUUAAUGGCAUAAAGAGCUAAUUUUGUUGAAUACAACUGUGCUUUUGAGAUUUGAAGUUACUUGUUAAUCUUGAAAACUGAUCUUUGGCUACUCCGCUGAGAAAGCCAGAAAACUGUCAACUGUUCAGCCAGCUGCCCAGCGGUCAAGUCCACGUGAGGGUCACAUUACACACACCUGAUCCAUUCUCAUGCUUAGCAGAGCGUAGCUGCUUUGACCGCUCUCAGCAGACCAAUUCAUAUAUUACCUGGCAUUAUUUGGUUUCCAGCUAAAUACAAAGACAGACAAACAAAAGAGACAUGUUAAAGGAGU